UUUGAAAUUUUCAGUAACACAGAGUUGGUUUCAUUUUUAUUUUUUUGCACAAACAAUCAGAUGUUUUUGUUUUCAAUAAAUUUCACUUGUUGAUAAAUUAAUAAAAUUUCCACCAGCAAAAUGUUGAAGAUUAUAACUAAGUUAAAUAAGCCACAAACUGUGCCACAAAUUUUCAAUGCUGCCCUGCAUAUUUCCAGCACCAGAGAAGCCGCACAAACCUACACCGAAGUUACACAAUCUAAUGGUAUACGUGAGAUAUGUUUAAAUGAACCCAAGACACGUAAUUCCUUGUCCAUGGGUAUGAUGAACUCCAUAUUGGAGGCUCUAACCAGUGACUGGCAAAAUAAGGAAUUACGUUGUAUUGUCUUAAGUGCCAAAGGACCGGUAUGGUCGGCGGGCCACAAUCUAAAAGAACUUAUACCUGGCAGUGAACAGAAUUGUCAGAAGGAGGUAUUCCAAAAGUUAAGUGAUAUAAUUUUAAAUAUAUACAAAGCACCAGUACCGGUUAUAGCCAAGGUUAAUGGUUUGGCGGCAGCAGCCGGUUGUCAAUUAGUGGCUUCUUGUGACAUUAUUAUUGCUUCGGAAAAGAGUAAUUUUUCUACGCCAGGCGCCAAUUUUGGGGUAUUUUGUUCUACUCCAGGCAUUGCUAUAUCGCGCGUUAUGGCCAGGCCCCAAUCAGCUUAUAUGCUAAUGACCGGUUUACCCAUAACGGCUAAAGAAGCCUUUACGGCCGGUCUCGUCAGCCGUGUGGUACCCGAGGCCGAAUUGGAAACUGAAAUGCAAAAAGUCACUGAUGCUAUUAAGCAUAAAAGUCGUACUGUUAUUGCUUUGGGCAAGGAAUUUUACUACAAACAACUGAAUUUGUCCAUAGAAGAUGCUUAUAAAUUGGGAUCUGAAAAAAUGUUGGAAAAUCUUAGUUUAAAUGAUUGUCAAGAGGGCCUUCGUAGUUUUGUGGAAAAACGUAAAGCCCAAUGGAAACACGAAUAAAUAAAAUUAUGAACGAUUUGCAACUUUCUAAAGGAACAUAUUUUUGCAAAUUUUCAGUUUACUACAGAUUUGUCAAAGUGCAUUUAUAUAGUUUUUAUUUAAAAUAAUGUAAAAAGAAAUAUAUGUAUAUGUAAAUAAAGUUUUUAAAUAUUUUGUAAAUUUUAA